AUGGCAUCGUCAAAAGCCCCUGCGCCUCUGAAAUCACUGCCAAUCAGAGAUGUGUCCAGUUCAAGUAAUGCUUCAUUACAGUCGCCAUCCACGCCCUCGGCACUGAGAAAUCCGAACCCGCUGUCCUCCAAAGUGACGGCGGUUCUUUCAACUUCAUAUGCAGAUGCCGAAUUCCGAGAUGCUUUACAGUUGCUUGACGGCAGAGGCCUCGGUAACACUUCCGAAACGCGCCGGCAGCUCCGACUAGAUUUGCAAAAGGAGGUGAUUGAUAGCAAUGGUGAUAUCGUCUCCCAAUUUGGCCGAGUAGCGGACCAACUCCGCCGCAUAGGUUCAACUUUGGACAAGCUAAACAAUAAUUACCAAGAUGUGAGGAAUCGCAUUGCAGCGGCCCAUAAGGACACAGGCCCAAUCUUGGAAGAAGCUUCGUCGUUGAUUGAGCAGCGGGCUGAGAUAGAGGCUAAACAGGACAUACUCAGAGCGCUGCACAGUCAUUUCAUUUUGUCAGACGACGAAAUCGCAUCUCUGACCUCAACUGCUGAGCCCGUUGAUGACAGCUUUUUCGCUGCGUUGGCUAAAGCCAAGCGUGUGAGCCAUGACUGCGAGAUCCUGCUCGGGUUCGAGAAGCAGACUCUAGGCCUUGAAGUCAUGGAGCAAACAUCCAAGAACAUUAACCUGGCAUUCCAGAAGCUAUACAAAUGGGUGCAGCGCGAAUUCAAAACGCUGAAUAUGGAAAAUCCCCAGAUGAGCUCAUCCAUACGUCGCGCCAUUAGGGUUUUGGCAGAACGCCCAUCACUUUUCCAGAACUGCCUGGAUUUCUUUGCUGAAGCCAGAGAACGCAUCCUGUCGGAUGCUUUCCAAUUGGCCUUGACAGGCACUGCAAGUUCUGGCGCAGAAGACCACUCUAUCAAACCAAUCGAGAUGGCUGCUCAUGAUCCACUUCGCUAUGUAGGCGACAUGCUUGCAUGGAUACAUUCUGCAACUGUGAGUGAACGAGAAGCGCUUGAGAUUCUUUUCGUAUCCGAAGGCGAUGAAAUUGCCAAAGGUCUCCAAUCCGGUCGAGCCAACGAGCUUUGGAAGCUUCUCGAAGAUGGCGAGGAUGAGGAUACAGAAGAUUUUGAUGCAUUGAAGGCACUCAAUGACCUAGUGGACCGAGAUGUCUCCGGAGCGACGAGAAUCCUACGGCAAAGGGUUGAGCAGGUCAUCCAAUCCAACGAGGAAACCAUACUAGCCUACAAGCUCUCCAACAUCCUUGGAUUCUACCGAUUUACUUUCGCGAAGCUUUUAGGAAGUAAAUCUGGAAUGCUGGAUCUUAUGUCUGGUCUCGAAAUAGGAGCUCUAAGGCAGUUUCGUUCACUUAUGAGGGACCAUCUCGCGACUUUGCAGGGCGAAUUUCAACAGACUCCUUCUGAUCUUGGGCCGCCCGAUUUUUUACUCGAUGCAUUGAAACAGUUAACUGCUGUAAUGAAAACCUACGAGAUUUCCAUAGCAUCGUCUUCAGAUCGCGAGAGCGACUUCCACCCAAUCCUUGCAGAAGCCUUCGAGCCUUUUCUGUCCGGGUGUGAAAACAUGGCUCGGGGUGUGGGUUCGCCAGCUGAUGCGAUUUUUCUGACCAACUGCCUACUUGCGGCGAAGCAUACUUUGGAGCCCUUCGACUUCGCACAGAAGAGGACAGCACAACUACAAGAGAGGGUGGUAGAGGAGAGUGAGAAGCUCACUGAAGGACAGUACCAAUUCUUUCGUCGAGGCUCAGGACUUGGGCAGCUACUCGAUGCCUUGGGCAAGCUCACAACAGAACCAAAUGAUGUCGAGAAGGUGGUAUCACUUGAGGCUGUGCAGCCUGAGUUGUUGAGCCGAUCAAGUCAAAUACUUGAUGACUUCCUGCCAUCGGCACUCAUGGAUGCCAUGGACAACGUGAGGCAUCUCCAGGAUUCCAGUAUUGCGCGGGAAAUUACGGAGAAAGCUGCUACGAGGUUCUGUAAUGACUUUGAACAUGUUGAAACAUUGUUGCGCUUGGCGGAUGAGAUGGUUGGUAAACAAAGAGAUGCACACGAUGGGAUUGAUGGAUCUCAACCCCUUCGUGUCUUGUUCCCUAGGACAACAGGAGAGAUUCGUGUUCUCCUAUCCUAA